GGGACUGCGCAUGCGCGCAGCGCGUGGCUGGGCUCUCUCCUUCACCGUACUCCGCUGGACCGAGCAGCACUGCGAAACUCUGCACACUCCGCCUGAAAAAUAAAGACAUGGCAGAGACAGUGGAGAUUGUGGUGCAGCAGGACAAGACAGAAAAAGUUGAGCAGACAGAGAACAAAGAUGUCUGUGUAACAUGUCAGCCCCACGCACCCAAAGGACAUGGCACAAUGGCUGUCCCUCCUGCAUACUCAGAUUUAGGAAAAUCUGCCAAAGACAUCUUCAAUAAGGGCUUUGGCUAUGGAGUUCUGAAGCUAGAUGUCAAGACCAAGUCUCAAAAUGGCGUUGAGUUUGCCACCUCCGGCUCCAACAACACAGACACAGGGAAGUCAGGGGGCCACCUGGAGACCAAGUACAAAGUGAGCGACCUGGGCCUCACCUUCAACCAGAAAUGGAACACAGACAACAAUCUCACCACAGAAAUCACCAUGGAGGACCAGCUGGCUAAAGGCUUGAAACUUGGUCUGGACACAUCAUUUGUGCCAAACACUGGGAAGAAAAGUGCCAAGCUGAAGACGGCCUACAAGCGGGAAUACAUGAAUUUGGGCUGUGACCUGGACUUCGACAUGGCGGGUCCCACCGUCCACGCCGCGGCGGUGCUGGGCUACGAGGGCUGGCUGGCUGGCUACCAGCUGGCGUUCGACACCGCCAAGUCCAAACUCACUCAGAACAACUUUGCCCUUGGUUACAAGGCUGGUGACUUCCAGCUUCACACCAGCGUCAAUGACGGUACAGAGUUUGGUGGCUCCAUUUACCAGAAAGUGAACAGCCAGUUGGAGACGGCGGUCAACCUGGCCUGGACGGCGGGCAGCAACAACACCCGCUUUGGAAUUGGAGCCAAAUACCAGCUGGAUAAGGAUGUCACCCUGUCUGCAAAGGUUAACAACGCCUGCCUGGUUGGAGUCGGAUACACACAAACCCUCAGGCCAGGAGUGAAGCUCACCCUCUCAGCCAUGAUUGACGGGAAGAGCGUGAACGGCGGCGGACACAAAGUGGGCAUGGGCUUCGAGUUGGAGGCGUAAAGGUUCAACAUGGCAGACAAGAGGGGGAAAAAAAAAAAAAAACAAGACAGGAGAAGAAUAAAAAUCCCAAAUGUGAAGACACCACUGAAGUCCAGCCAGUGACAUCUAAACAAAUUUUUCCCUGAGUGCCACAGCACACACAUAUACACACUUACAGAUACUCACGCUCUUUGGCCUUAACCCUGAAACCCAACAGCCUCCAAAACCUACAGUACUGUAAUGUUCACCAACUCAUGACCUGUAAUAGAAGUUUAUAUUCUACAUUACCUGUUGAGGCUACACUGGCAGAGUACAACAAAAGAAAGUAAUUUUUCAAACAUGUACAACCGUGUGUCUCAGACAUAUCUUUUCUUUGAGAAACGUGCUUUGAGGCACCUUCUCGUUUCGACCGUGUGCCCACCUGAGUUCUGUCCAGUAAACCUCUGGAUUGUAGAUGUAGGUGUGAUUCUUAGGGGAUGCUUGUUUUGAUAUGUUUUGGAUUUAUUGCAUGCUUGUAAGGCAAGAGGAACGUUUUCUGACUUUUCUUUGUCACGUUGAGACAGGGACUACAAACAGAUGCAGCAGGGCAGAUUAGACAGGUCCUGCCUCUCAGCCAGAGUGGACCGGCAUUGAUUUCACUACAUGACCUCAUUAACACAGUUACAGACUGUGAACUCUCGGUUGCCUAAAAGUCUAUUUUUCAGGCCCUGUUUGGUAAAAAACUGAAGAAAGGGUCUAUUUCAAUUUGGUUGUUUGUGCCACCUCUUUGUCUAGUCAGGUUUGUGCCCUAUAACCGUUCAACCCUUGUCACUACAUUUCACGUCUGUGCUGUGCUUUGUAUAGGAACAUUGAGUCAAAAUAUAGGACCUCAAGAUAAAGUUAUUGAACGAAUAGAAUAAAGAAUGUCAAACACAAUAAUCUUGUUGGCUUUUGUGUUUGUAUUUUUAUUUGGAAUGACAUAGUGUGGGAACAAAGCCAGUGUUCUCACUCC